UUGCCGAUCGUUCCCGUCACGGAGACAAGCAAAACCUUGGACGCCCUGCUGCGUCUGUGCUACCCCACCGCAGAUCCGGUCUUCCACGGCGCAUCAGAGGUCGUGAACGUACUGGAGGCAGUGAAAAAGUACCAUAUGGAGGAUGCAGUCACGCGGAUUGGCGUUGCGCUGCGCGACUAUGUGCAGAACUCCCCGCUUCAAGUCUACGCAGUUGCCUGUCGGAUGGGCAUGGAGGAGUUGGCGCGGGAGGCGGCUACUGUGCUCUUUACGCAUUCAACGAUCGCAGAUGUGCCACAGAUGGAGCAGAUGUCCGCCGGCGCUCUUCAUCGCCUCCUCCUGUAUCGCGGCUCGGGGGUGCAAGGUUCUGCUAACAAGUUCACGUUCUGCCGUCCGGCCACAUCUAAUGUUUUCUGCCAACAAUCGCGAACGCGCGUGGUCGCUCCUCUGUCCGCAGAACCCUUCACACAUCCAUAUGCUGACGUCAUUGUACUUUGUUUGGAUGGUAUUCGAUUCCGCGUAAUCAGCAGCAUCCUCAAACUCGCAUCUCCUGUCCUAUCAAAGAUGGUGAAGGAAUCUCCGUCCGUUACCUUUGAGAUGGAGUCAGGCACAUUUCUGCCGCUCAUCAAAGUGACAGAAACGAGUAGGACCAUGCAUGUGCUCUUGCAACUAUGCUACCCUAUGGAGGAGCCGCAUGUGGACGGGUUUGAUGCAGCGCAUGCACUGCUUGCCGCUGUCAAGAAGUACCAGGUUACGUCGGCUAUGAAGUGGGCAAAGCGGACGUGGGUGGAGUGCAUCGGAUCCAACGCGUUGCGGGCCUGUCUUCUUGCCAUGCGGAUGAAGUGGGAGGACGAGAUGCGGGAGGCGGCGAGGCUUCUUCCCGUUCAAAAGUGUGACUGGUGCCCAGAGAUGGAGGGCAUACCCGCUUCACGCUAUCGCAUGAUCCUUGAAUGCCGAUUGAAAUGCCAAAAACACAUCAUGGAUAAA